CAUCGCCGUGCGCACACCUCAUGCCACAAAGGCGGAGAAAAUCGGCUUGGCCCCUUGGGCCCACGAGGCCCAGCAGCUGCAGCAUGGGUGGGCUUGGUCUGAGCUGCCCAGUGCCAACUUCGCGCAUUGGUUGCAUCCGUCUGAAUGUUCGCUGCGAGGUACGGAUGUACAGUACAUACAGUACCUGCCUUGUAGCCCAUGUAUGUACUUCCCCUGCCCGGUGACGAGCACAAACCUUCCCAUUCGCAAUCCUGUGCCCAGGCACCACAUGGUUUAAUACUGCCCUGGCCUGCCAUUCCUUGGCCUGCUCUCUUCUUUUUUGCUUCUCCAAAGCGAACAACAAAGCAACCCUUCUCACCACUUGACUUUACAUCAAGAGAGUCAUCUCUUGUCACAGAAGAUCGAUCAUCCGCAGCAGCUCUGCCAUUUUGCCCACCGCACUUUUGUCCGACAAGCCUUCGGCCAAAAGUUGUUAAUCAGAAAGCUGCGCAUUUGCUUCAGACAUCUGUGAGUGUGACUCAAAAAGUUCCAACCCAGCGGACAAUUCCCAAUCCCGCCCCUCAGCCGGUGGCCAUCGGCCAACAACACCAAAGAACCUUGAUGGCUCGCGCGACCGCUAUCACCAGCGCCAGCGCCAGCGGCAGCCAGCGCCCAUCAACGCGACGCACCGUGUGUACCAAGAGAAGUAGUGCUGACACACGGGUGCGCCGCAUUGCAGACACGUCUCGAAGCAAGCCGACAUCCCCGAGAAACGUCAAUAUGGCAACUAUGGCAUCUGCUGUCCGCGAUAUCGCGAUGACCUCCGGCCGAGACAACUUAGCUGCUGUAGCGGCGCGGAGCGUCCCUGUGGCAACCAACCCGACCGACCUCCCGACUCCCCCGAACUCCAUCUCCCCCUCGCUGCCUCCGCAUGGGCUCAAGGCCCAGCUGCAGCGGGCCCGUCUUGACUCGAUCGACUCAGACCUGGACCUGCUGGACGGCAGGGGCGAACACGACGCCGGACUGGGAUCCCCGCCGCACGACUCGGCCGGCGCCAUCACGCCGGCUAUGCUAGCCAAAUUUCAUCUGCCCGAGAUCCUGCUCAACCACGGUCCGCUGCCGAUUCGACACAUAAUGGGCUAUCUCACCACUUCGGUCCCGGGGUUCGCGGGCAUCGCGCCGGCAAAGGCGCGCAGGCUGGUGGUGGCCGCUCUGGAGGGGAAGGGAAGCGGGAACGACGGAGGCGGGCGGGAUGGUGAUGUGGAGUUUCUGAAGGUGGGCUGGGGACGGUGGGACGCGAAGCGACGGGGACAGCCUCCCCGGGACUCGCUGUCGCGUCAAGCAUCGCCCGGCGCCCACCCGAACAGCAUACCCAUCAUCAAAACCCCCGGGUGGGACUCGGAACGGUCACGACUCGGCGCGAACCUCGGGUCUAGUUCGGGCGGUUUCUCGGCCGCCUUUUCGCACGACGACCGGUUCAUGGACACCGACAUGGACAUGAUGGACCACGAAGCCGACAAGAUGUCGCUCGACGGCUCCGGUUCGGCAUCGUGCUCCGAGGCCCCCGACGACGACGAUAUGCCGAGGCACAAUGACGAUCCGGAGGACGCGACUGACGACGAGGACUGGGCAGCCGUUGGCGCGGCGGCGCUCCGUGCGUCGUCAUACCAAGCCCGGUUCAACCAGCAAUCCCCUUUCAACAGCAUUCAUCCUUUUGGCGGCGGCAUCCGCUCGUUUUCGGCAGGCAUGGCGCGCCCGCCGCAGCUAAACGCACCGCCGCGCAACUUAAACGUACCCUCGACGUCGGGAGUCGUGGCCGCUGACGCACAGGAGCGCGAGGCUGUAGAGGCUCUCCUUCGUCUGGGAUCGAUGUAAUACCACAAAUCACGGCACUUUUUUUUCGCACGGAGUAGCAUGGGCGAGGCGUUUUCAACAAAGGGGUUAGGGACUUGGGAAUCAUCAUCUCAUCAUUAUCAUCAUCAUCAUUCCCGCAGGUUAACAACACACUUCUGUUGCCGGGCGUGGAGCUAUUUGGGUUUAGGGAUUCUGGGCUAUCAGGGACUGGUUGUUUUGGGACUUUUCCCCCCUAGUUUCACGGUUUCGGUCCGGUCCGGUUUGGCUUUGGGAACCACGGCUGGGUUGGCCGGGACAUUGGUCGAGGCGGCGCCCUCUCUUCAACGCAUACCCCAGUGGCUUGACUCGCUAAGACAUCCACCUAUCUCAUCACGAAGUACUACGGCGUCGUUCUCGGUUACGUGCAUACUUUUAGAUCGCAGGUCGACCACCUCAACUCAGCCUAUUCAUAAUCCCAAACCCGGUCAUCGGAAUAUCCACCUCGACAAGCAUCAGCCGGCGGAGUCGACCACAUCUCACGACUUCUUGGUUCGGUACUUCGCUUGCCGCUCGAUGCUCGUAUUGCAUCUGUCAUUCCGAUCAACAAACUCGUCAUGUGGAAACAUCGUCUCUUCUCUUUUUUUUUAUUAACAUAUCAAUUUUGUAAUAGAUGAAGGAACGAAAAUUGGCUUGAUUAAGCUAAGAAAUGAAAUAAAACAGCACCCCCGGGAACAGGC